GCUGGGUGUGAGUGGGUGACCAAUAUAAGCGAGUCCCCAUGCUUGUGCGGGCAUUGGAGUUGGGGUAAAAAGCCUCGAGAGAGAGCGAAGCUUGCCUGCACUUUAUUCCCUUCAAAUUCGAUACUUUGCUCUGUAUCUGUACCCACAACGAGGUUUUCUUCUCUUUUAUGUCUUCCACAUUGUCUUCUUCUAUGCCCAGAUUCUCACACUCCUUCCUACUCUCUUACUUCUACGUAUCUCUCCCUCUCUGCUUCUUACCUCGCAAUUUACUUUGUUUUCUUUCUUACUAGUUCCUCCGUUCUCUCUACUAUUUGACUGAAACGCACAAGUGCAAGUUAAGUAGCAGUGAAAAGUCCAAGUGGGGUUCAAUUUCAGACGGUAUUGGGUAUCGCAUUGGUUUGAAUGCCGAGAAACUGGGUUUUGCUCUGCUCUCAUUAUUGUUGUCUCUGCACUAUUUAAGAAGCAUUGAUUUUCCUCCGUUCCUGUCUUUUUCCGCUGUGGUCGGUUGCGGAGUUUCCAUCUCCUUGGUUUGAUCACCAGAGCUGUCAUGAUCUUUUCGUCCAUUUCAGUCCGAGACAAAAACAGAGCCAGGAAUCCGACAGAAAUUCGCUUCGGCUACAUCCUAGAAAACAUGGAGAAGGCAUUGUAGAAGGAUUGGCUAGCGCUGUUGAUUCUACAAUCAGAGAUAGCUAUAUGAAGUUCUUCCAACAAUGGGAGAUGAGAACUCGAAGAAAAGCAAGUUUUCAUGGCCCAAAAUAUUGGUCAAGAAGUGGUUCAAUAUCAAGAGUAAAACCGAGGACUUUCAGGCAGACGAUGUCCUUUAUGGAGGUGUCGAUGAAGAGUGGAGGAGCAACUAUUCAGAGAGGGAGGCAUGCACUAUCAAGAAAAGCAAAACAGAGAGAUCAAGCCGGAAACACUUGGACAGAAUGCCGCGAGGUGUGACUGACCAUGGCACAGCUCUGCUACCGGAUGUGAAUAAUUAUAGGUUUCAAGAAAUUGUACCUCUUAAUGCUGGUAACGUUUUGGGCACAGAAGACAAUGGCCCUGCUAGAAAAUGGUUAACUCUUAUCAGGAAGACCCUGAACAGUCUCCCUGGCACAAGUGGUGGAUGCCAUACUCCUUCACCAAUCCCUGAUCCUAUUGUAGAGUUGGAUUCUGAUUUUGAGGGAUCAAUGAGGCGGAAGCCAACUUCUUUCUUCCAUCGAAGGUCCUUCCAGUCCUUGAGUCAUAGCAUGAGAAUGGACAAUGAUAUGUCACUGCCACAAGUACAGCUUGAUCGCCGCCUUAGUGUCUGUGAUAGAAUGAUCUUGGGUCAUAGGACAAGUGACUAUGACCCUAAUUAUAGAUGGAAUUCCUCAGAUGAUGAAAUUGGAGCUGGUGAUUCCCCAGUUACAACACAAUAUUCUCCUCUGUCAUAUAAUGGUUCUUUCUCUAUGGAGGAUAGAGAUAGGCAGACAGGGCAUUCGAGAUACUGUUUGGUUGCCAGCAAGCAAAUGGUUGGAAUAUUUCUUACAGUUUGGGUGAAAAGCGAUAUCAGAGAUGAUGUUCGUAACUUGAAGGUCUCUUGUGUUGGCAGAGGAUUGAUGGGCUAUCUUGGAAAUAAGGGUUCAAUUUCAAUUAGCAUGUCCUUGCACCAAACAAGCUUUUGCUUCGUCUGUAGUCAUUUGAGUUCUGGACAAAAGGAGGGUGAUGAGCUUAGGAGAAAUUCCGAUGUAAUGGAGAUCCUCAGGAAGACAAGGUUUCCGCAGGUUCAUGGCACUGGCGAUGAAAAUUCUCCUCAGACAAUUCUGGAACAUGAGCGGGUUAUUUGGCUGGGGGAUUUGAAUUAUCGGAUAGCCCUUUCAUACCGUGCAGCGAAAGCUCUUGUUGAGAUGCGGGAUUGGAAGGCUUUGUUGGAGAAAGACCAGCUGCGUAUAGAGAAAAGGCAAGGUCGUGUGUUUGAAGGCUGGAAUGAGGGGAAGAUAUAUUUCCCUCCCACAUACAAGUAUUCAGAUAACUCUGACAGAUACGCAGGCGAUGAAAGACACUCAAAACAAAAACGAAGAACUCCAGCAUGGUGUGACCGUAUCUUGUGGUAUGGAAGAGGUCUCCGCCAAUUAUCUUAUGUUCGGGGGGAGUCAAAAUUCUCUGAUCACAGACCAGUUUAUGGCAUAUUCCUGGCAGAGGUUGAUUCUAUAAACCGUAGCCGAACAAAAAAGAAUGCUAGUUCCAGGAUUGAAAUAGAAGAGUUGUUGCCACAUCCACAUGGUUUUAGUUACGCUGAGCCAAUAAAUCUCUUCUGAACGCCUUGCAACUCUUUAUUCUUUGAGAUCAACCUGGUGAUUUUAGGAAACUGAAACAGCAAAGUGAUCAGCAUAAGUUUGCUGGUGGGCACUACAGUGAGAAACGCCAGCCCAGUUGUGAUGGAGAUAUUCUGAUACCCUCAAUCUACAACAAGGAUGUGAGCUCAACUUGGCAACCCAGGGUCGAAGACUCCUAAGCGUUUGACUUGUUAUUGUUAUUCUUUGAUAAAAAGUAGGAAUAACCCCAUUUGAAAUUAUUUCAAGCAAUCAUCAUGUUUGAUCUGAGGCAGUAACAUAAAAAGAAUUUACAAAAGUGAUGGCUACUCAUUGCCGGUGUUAGAAAAAGAGAUGUGCAAGUUCUGACGUAUGCGAACCUUCUUUUCUCGUAGCAGUUAAUCGAUGAUGUUUGUAACCCAAAAAUGAUGACAGAUCGAUAGCUUUGACAGAUCGAUUGCUUGUAUUCCAUAAUGUUUGUUACAAAUUCCUUAAUUCAAACUCGUGUAACCCAGUCUAGUGUGUAUAUGUUAAAUGUACAAUUUUUUUUU